AUUUCUCGGCAGCGGCCGCCUGCUCCCAGCACCAGCCCGGGUGCUCUCCGCCCGCUUUCAGUUUCGUGCGCAGCGCGGCGGGGCAGGAGCGCGCCCGGACCCUACCCAAAGAAGCUACGUGCAAAUCCAGCUCAGAGCAUAGGACUUGGCUCAGGAACUCAUGAGACCGUCUUUGCGGACACCCUAGAACAUCUAUGAUGAACCAGGAGGCCAACUCACCUCUCCCCUGUCCCUGCAGGGCCGGCUCCUCAUGGACCCCGAUAGCCUCCAGCUGGGCACCGAGCACCUGUGGAACUGGCUUGUGAGGCUGCUCAGCAAAGACUCAGAAUGGCUGAAUGCCAAGGUGAAGUUCUUCCUCCCCAAGAUGGACCUGUGCUCCAGGGACAAGGCCCAGGAUGCCACACAGGGGGUCAUCCUGCAGCUGAGAAGACUGCACGCUCAAGGCCGGGCCACGUGGCAGGCGUUCAUCCACUGCGUGUGCAUGGAGCUGGACGUGCCGCUGGACCUCGAGGUGCCCCUGCUCAGUACCUGGGGCCACGGAGUCGUGUUUCCCAGCCAGCUGGAGGCCGGUGAAGAAAGCCAGCCUGCCUCUCAGCUCCAGCACGGCCUCAAGCGGCCUUAUCAGAGCUCUGGGUCCUCACCCCGCCCGAAGCAGUGCAAGAAGCAGCAGCUAGAGUUGGCCCAGAGGUACCUGAAGCUACUGAAGACCUCCACCCAGCAACGCUAUGGCAGUAAGAUCCCUGGGCCAGGGCAACCCCUAGCCUUCCACCAGGCCUACAUCCCCCCAAUUCUGCAGUGGAGCCGGACCCCGACACCCUUCCGCACCCAGGAGGGGAUGGCGCCGGGGGAUCCCAAGGCAGAAGAUGGCGCGGACGUGAGCAUCCGGGACCUCUUCAGCACCAGGGCCGACAAGGGCCCGAGGGUGACGGUGCUCCUGGGGAAGGCAGGCAUGGGCAAGACCACCCUGGCCCACCGGCUCUGCCAGAGGUGGGCUGACGGCCAGCUGGACCGCUUCCAGGCCCUGUUUCUUUUUGAGUUCCGCCAGCUCAACCUGAUCACACGUCUCCUGACGCUGCCCCAGCUCCUUUUCGACCUGUACCUGAGCCCUGAGGCAGGCUCUGACCUGGUCUUCCAGUACCUGGAAGAGAAUGCUAAUGGAGUCCUGCUCAUCUUUGAUGGGCUGGACCAGGCCCUGCAUCCCCGCUCCAGCAGAGGGCAGGCAGGUCCUGAGGACCCAAGUCCGGCCCUUGACCUCUUCUCCAGCCUCUGCCGGGGGACCCUGCUGCCCGGCUGCUGGGUACUGGCCACCUCCCGCCCAGGGAAGCUGCCCGACUGCCUGCCUACAGAGGCAGCCACAGUCCACAUGUGGGGCUUUGACAGGCCGCGGGUGGAGGAGUACGUGGGCCGCUUCUUCCCGGACCAGCCAGGGCAGGAGGCAGCCCUGGCGGAGCUGCGGGGCAGCAGACACCUCCAGAGCUUGUGUGCCGUGCCUGCGCUCUGCCAGGUCACCUGCCUCUGCCUCCUCCGUCUGCUCCCGGGCAGCCCCCCAGGCCAGUCUGCGGCCCUCCUGCCCACCGUGACUCAGAACUACGUGCAGAUGCUGUCCACCCUCGGCCCCCGUGGGUACCUGCCUCCCGAGGCCCUGCUGGAGCUCAGUGAGGUGGCCCUGAUCGGCCUGCAGACCGGGAAGGUCAUCUUCUCUGUAGGAGACAUCCGCCCACCCACAAUGGCCUUUGCGGCUGCCCUCAGUUUGCUGACCUCCUUCUGCAUCUGCACUGGCCCGGGGCACCGGGACACAGGCUACGCCUUCACCCACCUCAGCCUACAGGAGUUUUUUGCUGCCUUGUACCUGAUGACCAGCCCCAAGGUAGAUGGAAAUGCACUUGCCAGCCACAUCACCCUCAGUUCUCGCUGGGUGCUGCGGACCAAAGCUAGGCCUAGCCUCUUAGACCACCUCCCCACCUUCCUGGCGGGGCUAGCAUCCCGUGCCUGCCGACCCUUCCUCAGCCUCGUGGCCCAGCGGGACGAGAUGUGGGUGAGUGCCAGGCAGGCUGUGGUGAUGCAAGCCUUGAGGAAGUUGGCCGCCCGCAGGCUCACGGGGCCGAAGAUUGUGGCGCUCUGUCACUGCGUGGGUGAGACCCAGGAGCCUGAGCUGGCCAGUCUCAUGGCCCAGAGUCUCCCCUGUCACCUGUCCUUCCACAAUUUCCCACUGACCUACGCCGACCUGGCUGCCCUGACCAGCAUCUUGGUGCACAGGAACGCCCCCAUCCACCUAGAUUUUGAGGGCUGCCCUCUGGAGCCCCACUGCCCUGAGGCCCUGGUGGGCUGUGAGCAGGUCGAAAAUCUCAGCUUUAAGAGCAGGAAGUGUGGGGAUGCUUUUGCCGAAGCCCUCUCCAGGAGCCUGCCGACAAUGGGGAGCCUGAAGAUGCUGGGGUUAGCAGGAAGUAAGAUCACUGCCCGAGGCAUCAGCCACCUGGUGCAGGCUCUACGCCUCUGUCCACAGCUGGAGGAGGUCAGCUUUCAGGACAACCAGCUCAAGGACUGGGCUGUGCUGAACAUCGUGGAGGUUCUUCCUUGUUUGCCGCAGCUUCAGAAGCUUGACCUGAGCCGCAACAAUGUCUCCAUGUCAACACUACUCCGCUUGACAAAGGUAGCAGUCGAAUGUCCUACUGUCAGGACCCUGCAGGUCAGGGGGGCAGACCUCAUCUUCCUUCUUUCACCGCCCACAAAGACUGCUGCAGAGCUUCAAGGAGCGCCAGACCUGCAGGGAAAUGCUGGCCAGAGGGAAGAGGCUCAGAGUAGAAGUCUGACACUCAGGCUCCAGCAGUGUGAGCUCAGGGUCCAUGACGCACAGGAGCUCAUAGCCCAGCUCCAGGAAGGCCCCCGCCUGGACGAAGUGGACCUUUCAGGAAACCAGCUGGACGAUGAGGGCUGUCGACUGAUGGCAGAGGCUGCCUCUCAGCUGCACAUCGCCAGGAGUCUGGACCUCAGCAACAACGGGCUCUCUGUAGAUGGGGUACACUGUGUGCUGAGUGCGGUGAGCAUGUGCCGGACCCUGGCAGAGCUACACAUCAGCCUGCUGCACAAAACUGUGGUCUUCACGUUUGCCCCAGAGCAGGAGGAGCAGAAGGGGAGCUGGGACAGGACUGUGCUGCCGGUCAGCCUGACGUGCCAGAUGCCCUCUGAGCUGCCCCCGCGCCCCGCAGCAAUCAGCCUCUCUGCCUGCAUGCCUGGGGGCGGUGGCCGCUGUUGCCUCUGUUCUGAGGGGCCGCCCUUCCUCCUCUGCAGGCUGACACACUGCGGCUUGCAGGCCAAGCACCUAGAGCAGCUCUGCAGGGCGCUGAGAGGAAGCUGCCACCUCGGUCAGCUGGACUUCUCCUGCAACGCUCUGGGAGACGAAGGUGUGGCCCAGCUGGCUCAGCUCCUCCCGGGGCUGGGAGCUCUGCAGUCCUUGGACCUCAGUGAGAACGGUUUGUCCCUGGAUGCGGUGUUCAUGUUGACCCUGUGCUUCUCCACUCUGCCUUGGCUCCUUCACUUGGACAUCAGCUCUGACAGCCAGCGUGUCGUCCUGAGAGGUGACAGAAGAGGCAGGGAUCGAUUGGCUGGUGGGUCCUUGCCAGACUUCCCAGCUGGAGCCCAGUUCUCGGCCUUUCAGCAGCGCUGCGUCCCCAGGAGCCUCUGCCUCAGGCAGUGUCAGCUGGAACCCCUGAGCCUCGCCGGCCUCUGUGAGACUCUGAAGAAGUGUCCAGGGCCUCUGGAAGUCAAAUUGUCCUGUGAGGUCCUGAGUGACCAGAGCCUGGAGACCCUGCUGCACCACCUAGCCCGGCUCCCCCAGCUCAGCCUGCUGCAGCUAAGCCAGACGAGGCUGUCCCCGAAGAGCCCCCUCCUGCUGGCCGACUUCUUCAGCCUGUGCCCACGGGUUCAGAAGGUGGAUCUCAGGUCCCUGUGUCAUGUGACCCUGCACUUCAGGUCCAGCGAGGAGCGGGAAGGCAAGUGCUGUGGCAGGUUCACGGGCUGUGGCCUCAGUCAAGAGCACGUAGAGCCACUGUGUUGGUUGCUGAGCAAAUGUGAAGACCUCAACGAGCUGGACCUCUCAGCCAACAUGCUGGGUGAUGACGGGCUCAGGUGCCUCCUGGAAUGUCUGCCUCAGUUGCCUGUCUCCGGUUCGCUUGACCUGAGUCACAACAGCAUCUCCCUAGAAAGUGUCCUGGGCCUGGUGAAGAUUCUUCCCUCCUGCCCACGCGUCCAGGAGGCCUCUGUGAAGGCUCUGGAGUCUGGGCUUCUGGCUUCCCCACACCCUUCUCUCCACAGCCUGGGCUCUGAGCAGAGCUUCUGGAUCCACUUCUCCAGACAGGAGGAAGCCAGGAAGACCCUGAGGCUAAGCCAGUGCAACUUUGGGCCAGAGCAUGUGUCCAGACUGGCCACCGGCCUGAACCAGGCCCUAAAGCUCACGGCUCUCACGCUGACCCGGUGCUGCCUGGGCCUGGAGCAGCUGACGCGACUGCUGAGUCUGCUGAGGUGGCCGGUGGGGCUGUUCAGUCUCAGGGUGGAGGAGCCGUGGGUCGGCACAGCCGGGGUGCUCACCCUGCUAGAAGUCUGCACCCAGGCCUCAGGCAACAUCACGGAAAUAAGCAUUUCGGAGACCCAGCAGCAGUUCUCUCUCCAGUUGGAGUUUCCCUGUCAGGAGAACCCAGAGGCCAUGGCCCUCAGGUUGGCUCACUGUGACCUUGGGACCCACCACAACCUUCUUGUCUGGCAGCUGAUGGAGACAUGUGCCAGACUGCAGCAGCUCAGCUUGUCCCAGGUAAACCUCUGUGACACCAGCUCUCUGCUGCUGCAAAGCCUCCUUCGGUCCCUGUCUGAGCUGAAGACAUUCAGGCUGACCUCCAGCUGUGUGAGCUCUGAGGGCCUGGCCCACCUGAUAUCUGGUUUGAGCCACUGCCACCACCUGGAGGAAUUGGACUUAUCCAACAACCCAUUUGUUGAGAAGGACACCGAAGCAUUGAUGACGGUCCUUGAGGGGAUGUGCUGGCUGAAGAGGCUCGACCUCAGCCAUCUGCCGCUGGGCAGCUCCGCCCUGGCCCUGCUCACCCAGGGACUAAGCCACAUGAGCGUCCUGCAGAGCCUCCGGCUGAGCAGGAAUGGUAUUUGUGAUGUCGGCUGCCUCCAACUUUUGGAGGCUCUCAGAGCUGCCAGCAGCUUGAAGGAGCUGGGCUUGAGCCACAACCAGAUCGGAGACUUCGGUGCCCAGCACCUAGCUGCCAUCCUCCCCGCGCUGCCUGAGCUCAGGAAGAUAGACCUCUCAGGGAAUGGCAUUGGCCCAGCUGGGGGAGUGCUGUUGGUGGAGUCUCUCGCCCUCUGCAAGCACUUGGAGGAGCUAAUGCUGGGCUACAACGUCCUGGGAGAUGUCACAGCCCUGAGGCUGGCACAGAGGCUGCCCCACCACCUGAGAGUCCUACACCUGCCCUCUAGCAGCCUGAGCCUAGAGGGGGCACUGCUCCUGAGCCAGGCCCUGGAUGGACACCCAUAUGUGGAAGAGAUUAGCUUGGCAGUGAACAGUCUGGCGACAGGGGUCCCACAUUUCCAUCAGGGGCUCCCACUGCUCAGGCAGAUCGACCUGGUUUCCUGUGAGAUUGACAACCACGCAGCCAAGCCCCUAGCUGCCAGCCUGGUGCUCUGCCCCGCGCUGGAAGAAGUCCUGCUGUCCUGGAAUCUACUUGGGGACGAGGCGGCUGCAGAGCUGGCCCGGGUCCUGCCGAGGAUGAGCAGGCUGAAGAAAAUGGACUUGGAGAAGAACCAGAUCACAGCUUGUGGAGCCUGGCUCCUGGUUGAAGGGCUGGCACAAGGGUCUGGCAUCCAAGUCAUCCGCCUCUGGAACAACCCCAUCUCCCCCGAUGUGGUCCAGCACCUGCAGAGUGAGGAGCCCAGGCUGGACUUCGCGUUCUUUGACAAGCAGCCGCAGCCGCCUCGGGGUAGUUGAAGGCCCUCCUCAAGAUCCUUUGAAUUCAGCCAAGUGAAGCCAACUUCCACUGACCAGGACAGUGGGCUCAGGAAAAGAGCCUCCACUGGGGGCCCCUGUGUGCUGCCCCAGGAGGGAGAGGCACAUUGGUCUUGCUACGGUCUUCAGGAAGGGACCAGGAGCCUCGUGUGGCCAAAAGACUACCCCGUGUUGCAUGUGACAUGCAUGACCAGUCAGAGACAUGUCACACAAUGAAAGUGUCAUGAUGUGAUGUGUGACACAGAAGAUCACAUAUGGCAGAAUUCUCUGUGACGUUACAUGGAACUUGCAGCGUGGCCUGUGGGUCAGUGGGAUAGGUCCUGGUACCACCACGUGGCAGCACACAUGAUCCGUGGUUCGCAUAUGAUAUGUGACAGAUGCUCAUCUCAUAGGACUUAUGACUGGCCAGAUACCCGCAGGCUGGUAGAAAAUCUAAUUUAUUACUCUUUAAAAUCAAGUAUAUAUUUAUACAUUGCACUUUCAGAGCAGCUAAGCCAGGGAAUGUUCUCCACCCAGAAAUGGGAUGGGGAGAGUGUCCAAGCACUGACUAGCCCAGUGGCCUGAGGGCCAAACCCUAGACUCAGCUAUGAGGCUUUGGGAUGAGGUCCGUCUUGCCUCAAGCCUCGGUUUUCCCAUUUGUAAAUGGGACGACUCCCUCCUCUUAAACCCCAGCUUCCAAAGACUUUGGGCCCAGAUCUAGGGACGGUCCUCAGGAACGGAUGGACCCAGUCUGACCUAUGUCCUGGAAGAAGCCUUGUCUAAGGAUGUGGGGGUAGGCACUACUGGGAUAAACAGGCAAGGCCACUGGGUUCAGACACUACCUCAGCAGGAUCUGGGUGAGCUCCCAGGGGCUGCACGUGCUACCUAACAUUAUUUCCAGAAAGGCCCAAGGAUGGCCAUGCCACACUUGAAGACAAAUUUGAACAAUAAAUGUGGAUGGUGUCCCAGCCUCUACCCUAAGUGUGAUGUGUGCUGCUAACUCACCAAGGUCCAGAGUGGUUCACCCCCUGCCCCAGGGAGAGCAAGACAGACCACAGAGAGGUGAACUGAGAGCAACACUGGCCCAGGAGUCAGAAGACAUGGGGUCAAUUCCAGACUCUGUCUCUGCUUGGUCACAGGCUCGUGGGCAAGCUGCCUACCCACUCUGGAAUCAGCAGUACUGUGAGAGUAUUACAGAAACUCAGAGUGUUAGAACGGUCCUUUGUUUGACUUGCAUGCUAUUUAAACUCUUUUCGGAAUCAGGCAUCAAUAUUUAAAAGUGGGAGCUUUUACAUAAAUCCAGAUUUUCAGCUUUCAGUUAGGCAUUGGUCCCCACAUUCCCACUCAAGGGAAAUUCGUGGAGUCAUUUGACCGUGCCCUUUAGGUAUGGCACACAUCUCUGUUUGCCACAGUCCUCACCACUCCCCAGUGUGUCCCCUUCUCCCUUUUGCUGCUUGCUGGGUCCUACUGAAUGCCUGGGCUCUCAGCCCUGGGCGGGGUGGGGGGGGGGGGGUGCCGCUGAUGGGUGGUAU